GGACUCAAGGAAAGAGAGGGAGUGCCAAGCUGUUACUGUUUACCCUCUGGCCCAGAUCUUUCUUCAGAAGAAACCUGAGUGGUCUCACAGACUUCCUCGGUUGUGCUGUUCUACUGAGGUUGGGUGGAGUCAACACGUCAUGGAUAAAGAAGUCCCUAAAGGCAGUCCCAGGGAGCCCGCACUGAACAUCAAGAAGUCAGACAAAUCCUUCAAAUGCAAGAAGCCCACCGAAAAUGUGCUGAUCUUUUUAAUCAACAGACAAGUGGGCAGGCACAGAAGUGACAUUGACCUGUCAAGAUGGGUGUGGAUGCUGUCAUAAAGCAACUCUAGGGUGGACAUGGCCUUGGACAAAAAGUCAUGUGGCUUAUGUGCUGAAGCCUGCCCAGAUUUUUGAGAAAUUAAAUAUAAUUAGAACAAUAAACUCCUCCCAUGUUUGAGUCAUUAAAA